AUGGCACCUCACGUCCUCAGCACCUCCCCCGUCAUGGAUGAUCGACUGGCACACAAGGGAGUCACCAAGCCGCCACCGCUGAAAGAUGCAGGGGAUGACGAGAUCCAAGCCCAACUCGCCUCUCUCUUUCACGAAAAUAACCUUGCAAAGGUCAUUGGUGUAGCCGAAACACUGCUUGAGAACAACGAUCCUCCUACCAGAUUUCCCGAAACUGUACCGCAAACGGGUGCCGAGAAAGGAGUGUACCGAUGCCGAGACGCCGAAUUUUGGACGUGCGGGUUUUUCCCCGGUAGCUUGUAUUGCUUGCUUGAACGCGUGAGAAAGUAUCCUGCAGCAAGCUUGCCUAGCCUCUCAGACCGGUCAGAGGAUUCGCAAGGGAAGUUCACUGAAGAUACGCGAGCUGUCUACAAUCACGAUAUUCUUAUUUCUCAUCUUACCGAUUUGUGUCGGAAAUGGUCAGAGCCAUUGCACGCCAUGUCCUUUCGAAAGGACACCCAUGAUAUUGGAUUUAUAAUCCAGCCUGCCUUGCAAAGAGACUGGGAGCUCUUCGGGAACAAACGGAGUUUAGACUCUAUCCUUAAUGCAGCCGAGAGCCUCGCUGCUAGGUUUGACGCGCGAGUCGGGGCCAUUCGGAGCUGGGAUCGAUUCUCCAAUGCGAACCAUAACAUCAACAGCAUGGAUGAUGACUUCCUGGUGAUCAUAGAUAGUCUCUGUAAUCUCGACCUAUUAUUUUAUGCCGGAAACUAUCUCCACUCCGAACGGCUACUAUCUAUAGCGUCCACUCAUGCCACUACCCUGCUAUCAACCCAUCUCCGACCCGAGUCUGGCUUGAAUGGUGACAAGCGUUACUCCACAUGCCAUGUUGUGAACUUCUCUCCCUCAAACAAAGGGAAGGUCAAGCAGAAACUCACAGCACAAGGUUACUCCGACAACUCAACAUGGGCUCGUGGUCAAGCGUGGGCGAUCAUGGGAUACGCUCAGACAUACUCUUGGACUAAGAAGCAGGAGUUCCUAGAUGCUGCUAAAGGGCUUGCGGACUAUUUCAUUCAGCGCAUGGAAUCGUCUCCAGUGAUCGUAGAACAGCAAGGCCGGGGCCGUUAUGUUCCGCUAUGGGAUUUUGAUGCGCCGAUCACGCAUACAGGUGCUAAUGGGGACCAGGGCCCAUUGCGGGAUGUUUCCGCGGGGAUGAUUGCUGCGAAUGGGAUGUUGAUUCUCUAUGGACAUAUAGCAGGCAUGGGGGAACUGGAUGCAGCCAAGAGAUACUUAAAUUAUGCGCUAAACAUCACAAAGGAUACGGUAGAUUUCGCAUACAAUCGGGAUGAAAUGCGGCUGAGGAUUUGCCAGCAGGAUGGGGUUACGAAAAUGGAAUCAUGCGAGGCCACCAGUGGCCAUCGCUUUGAUGCCAUACUUGAGAAAUCUACCGCGAAUUUCAACGGCAAUCAUGCUGAUCGUGCUUGGGAUCAUGGCUUGGUUUAUGCGGAUUACUACUUUCUGGAGCUGGGGAAUCGGCUAUUAGAUAUGGGGUUACGUUGA